UGUGAAUGUUACAUGCACAUGAAGUAUGGUGCAUCUUUUCUGUCCCAGCUGAUGCGGUGACGUAGACGCCUGUGUCCGCGUGCGCCCGGUGGAGGGUGUGUUUCCAAGGCGAAAUCUGGAGAAGGGAGGCGGAGAUAGAGGGAAGAGGUGAGACGACUUGAAUUCCUUGUAUAUUCCAUCACAAAAUCGCCACUCUCGUGAUGCGCGAAAAACGAGCGGGCCGCGCGCAGAAUGCAAACUACAUUUCCACAACUAAGCAUAAGGGUGCGUGAUGCGCGCAGAUGAGAUGUAGCUACAGAUGCUGAUGGAAGGUUUCGCGUGCAGCGGUUGCAUCUGUGCCCUUCCACGCUUGGUCAUGAAAUGAAACGGGGCCCGUUCGGUUGUAAAAGAACCAACUUAUUUCCUGCGCUAUAACGUGUGACGGGGGUAGAGAGAGAGGAGGGGGCGCGAGUGUUCGUUCGCCGCUGUUGCUCGGGGCUCACGGAAGAACCGAUCACAUGGAUUCCACGGUACCAUUUUUCAACAGCGCUUCGAUCUGAGCGCGUGCUGACAGCCCCAGUGACCGGCGCAUCCAUCAGACCCGCGUGAGGACACGGCGGCGAGGCGAGGGAAAGAGGCAUCACUUCACCGGUUCCAUCGAUCUGCCGGAACUGGGCAGGCACCGGAGUCGGUCGGUGCGUGCGUGCGUGCGUGCGUGCGCGCGUGUGAGGAGGGCGAAAGCGGCCCAGGGGUAUUUCUGCCACCAAGGAGCAGCCAGCUGUACGCUUAACGGAGAGCCAGUGAGACGCUCGGGAACGAAAUCCUUACAAUAUCCGAUCUGACUGGAAUAUUUCGCGUUGCGUGAAACCAUUUAGGAGGAAAUAAUUGCUCAUUUGCUCAGAGUUUAUUGGUAAUAGAACAACUCGUACAGAGGCAGAAGGGCUUGUAAGAUGGACAGAUGGGUAUUGAUCAAGAAUAGAUUGCUUGAGUCACGUGCUGCACGCUCUUCAUGUCCCUGGGUCCCUUUCCAAACAGGUGGCACGUGGUACCAAAGAUAGCCCAGUGCUGGAUUCCAGAGGGAUAGCUAGACAGCACAGACCCUUGAGGUGAAGGAGGGUGCAUGGAUCGCUUAAGGACAAAGACAUAUGCCUACCUCUGGUUGGGCGUGGUCUCCGUGGCAACAGUUUCCCUCUGUGCAGAGGCCGGAGCCACGCCAAGCCCAGCCCCCCAUAACAACAUCACAUGUACUGAUAAGACAGACCGAUGCAAACCUGGCAUCAUCUUACCCAUCUGGUACCCCGAGGACCCCUCCAUGGGUGACAAGAUUGCCAGGGUAAUUGUGUACUUUGUGGCGAUGAUCUACAUGUUCCUCGGGGUUUCGAUUAUUGCAGAUCGCUUCAUGGCUGCCAUUGAGGUCAUCACCUCUCAGGAAAAGGAAAUCAUCAUCAAACGUCCCAACGGCGAGACGAUGACCACAACGAUCCGAGUGUGGAACGAGACUGUGUCCAACCUGACGCUCAUGGCAUUGGGCUCCUCCACCCCCGAGAUCAUGCUCUCCGUCAUCGAGAUAUGCGGACAUGAGUUCCAUGCUGGUGAGCUCGGCCCGGCCACCAUCGUAGGCAGUGCUGCCUUCAACAUGUUCGUGAUCAUCGGCCUGUGCGUGUUGGUGAUCCCUGAUGGUGAGGUUCGGAAGGUGAAGCACCUGCGCGUGUUUUUUGUGACGGCAGCGUGGAGCGUGUUCGCCUACAUCUGGCUCUACAUGAUCCUGGCCGUGUUCUCGCCCAACGUAGUGCAGGUGUGGGAAGGUCUGGUCACCCUGGCCUUCUUCCCCAUCUGUGUCAUUUUAGCAUGGGUGGCCGACCGCCGCCUGCUCUUCUACAAGUUCAUGCACAAGAAAUAUCGCACAGACAAGCACCGCGGCGUUAUCAUCGAGACGGAGGGUGACCGUUCCAAAGGCAUCGAAAUGGAUGGAAAGAUGAUGAAUUCUCAUUUUGUAGAUGGAGGAGCUGCCACUAACUUGAUGGGCCUGAUCGAGGGAAAGGAGGUGGACGAGUCUCGCAGAGAUAUGAUCCGUAUCCUGAAGGAUCUGAAGCAGAAACACCCAGAGAAGGAACUGGACCAGCUGGUGGAGAUGGCCAACUAUUAUGCACUGUCACACCAACAGAAAAGCAGGGCAUUUUAUCGUAUCCAGGCCACGAGGAUGAUGACAGGGGCCGGGAACAUCCUCAAGAAGCAUGUGGCAGAGCAGGCCAAACGUAGCACAAGCGUCCAAGAAGUUCACGUUGAGGAACCCGAGGAGUUCGUUUCCCGCAUUGUGUUCGAACCCGCUGUUUAUCAGUGUCUGGAGAACUGCGGUGCUGUUAUACUCACGGUAGAGCGUAAGGGUGGCGACAUCGGCAAGACAAUCUAUGUGGAUUAUAAAACAGAGGACGGUUCAGCGAACGCUGGCGCAGACUAUGAGUUUACAGAAGGCACUGUGGUGUUCAAACCUGGCGAGGUCAUCAGAGAGAUCUCUGUCGGCAUCAUCGACGACGACAUCUUUGAGGAGGAUGAGCAUUUCUUUGUGAGGCUCAGUAACGUGCGUGUACUGGAGACCGAGGACGAGGUGCUGUCACCCAGUAGCCUGCCGUACCCAAUGGCCUUGAUAGGUUUCCCUGCUGUCGCCACGGUUACCAUCCUUGAUGAUGACCACGCGGGCAUCUUUACCUUUGAAAGUGAGUCGAUGCACGUGAGUGAGAGUGUGGGCAUCAUGGAGGCGAAAGUGUUGCGGACAUCAGGUGCCAGAGGAACUGUCAUCAUUCCAUUUCGUACUGUCGAGGGACUUGCUAAGGGUGGAGGAGAGGACUUUGAGGACGCGUAUGGAGAACUUGAGUUUAAAAACGAUGAGACCUGUAAAACCAUACAGGUCAAAGUUAUUGAUGAUGAGGAAUAUGAAAAAAACAAAAGCUUCUACCUGGAGCUGGCAGAACCACGCAUGGUGGAUAUGAGCCUUCAGAAAGAUAUCCCUGACAGGAAGUUGUCAUCUGAGGAAGAGGAAGCGAGAAGAAUAGCAGAGAUGGGGAAGCCUGUAUUGGGCGAGCAUCCAAAGAUAGAAAUCAUCAUCGAGGAGUCAUAUGAGUUUAAGAGUACAGUAGAUAAGCUUAUUAAGAAGACUAACUUGGCUUUGGUCGUGGGCACAAAUUCCUGGAGAGAACAAUUCAUGGAGGCUAUAACUGUCAGUGCAGGAGAUGAGGAAGAGGAUGAGGGAGGAGAAGAGCGGCUGCCAUCUUGUUUUGACUAUGUCAUGCACUUCCUGACUGUGUUCUGGAAGGUUCUGUUCGCCUGUGUCCCGCCCACGGACUACUGGAAUGGUUGGGCAUGUUUUUUUGUUUCCAUAAUCAUCAUCGGUCUUUUGACGGCUGUGAUUGGGGACCUGGCCAGUCAUUUUGGCUGCACUAUUGGCCUGAAGGACUCUGUCACUGCUGUGGUGUUUGUAGCCUUGGGAACAUCUGUCCCCGAUACCUUUGCCAGUAAAGUUGCAGCUGUGCAGGACACAUACGCAGAUGCAUCCAUCGGUAACGUGACCGGCAGCAAUGCCGUGAACGUUUUCCUGGGAAUCGGGGUGGCAUGGUCGGUGGCCGCCAUCUACUGGCACAUGCAGGGUCGUGCGUUUGAGGUGCAGGCAGGUUCCCUGGCAUUUUCUGUCACUCUCUACACCAUCUUUGCCUUCUUGGCGGUGAGCGUCCUGCUGUACAGGCGCAGGCCUCACAUCGGCGGAGAGCUGGGGGGCCCACGUGGGCACCGCAUCCUCACCUCGCUCUUUUUCUUCAGCCUGUGGUUUCUCUACAUCCUCUUUUCCAGUCUGGAGGCUUACUGUCAUAUAGAGGGCUUCUGAAGAGAAGAGUUGGGGCGGGCUAGGAAGGGUUUGUGGAGAAAUGGAGAGAGAGACGGACGCAAGCAAACUUAAGCUCACACACGACAGAAAAAAUGCUACGGACUGAUUCAAACGGUUGCUACGGUUUUAUCAGUAAAGGAAUUGUGGUACGGAGGAAGAGGAGAUUCGUCCUUCAGAUCUCUUCAUCCUGAGGAUAAUUGAAAGUGUAAGUGUAAAGCAUUCGAUCUGAGCUCCCUUAGGGGUGGGACAGUCUUAACCUGGAGUCUGAGCUUUUCACAGUCUAUAUUUUUCUCAACACAUGCUGAGAAUGACUUUUUUCUAAUGAAGUAUUUUGGGAAAAAAAGACACAAAAAAACCAACAAAAAGAAGAAAAGAUUCAAAGGACUAUUUUCAGAUCUGCUUCCAGGAUAAGAAAUAAUAUUUCAAGAGAAACAUGAUAUAUAUAACUACGUGAAAUCUGUUAUCGAAUGACAUUUGAAGGACCCAUAAAGUUUAUUUAUUUUUUCGUUGUUUAGUUUGGUACAGUAAGAACUGACACAGAGCUCCCGGCCUGCAUCGUCAGGCCAAUGUUCCAGCGAUGGAGAGUAGCAGAACGAAAGCUUGGAUAAAUGGAGAGUUGAACAUGAACAAUGGCUGAACACUGCAUUUUCUCCCUGAUAUUCCUGUAUGGAUAUAAUCUGCUUCCAUAUAUUUUCUGUACUUUUGUGUAUUUCCUGCCAAGUGUUAUUAUUUAGGGACUUCAGAGCGCAAGAAAAAAACAGGCUACGUGGAAAAAAGAGGCCUUUUGCGCUUGGAAGAGCUACACUCACAUCCAAGCAAAUCACUAGUGUAUUUUCUGAUAACACCGUGGAGGAGAUCACACUGCAUCUGCUAUAACAUGUUGUUUUUAAUCUGUUAGUGUUUUAGGUGUCAUUAAGGAAACAUAAAGCAUCCCAAAGAGUUUUCCUACAUAGACCCACCUCACCCAGAGAGUCCUCCAGUAUAGAAUUACAUAGCCAUUAUACCAAGAGUUCCCUACAUGUGCAUCUAAACAGUGUCUGAAGUGUCAGUGAUGAUGGUGGUGAGUUUUAGUCAGUGGGGCCUUUGAUUCAGUGUGGUUUGUAAUAUUUACAAGCUGGAUCUAAAAUUACAAAUGAGAAGAAAUUAUGGGAAAAUUAAAAUGUUAAAAAUUAAAGUGUUGACUUACUCGCAAGUGGUAACUUUAAUACAUAAACGCAACAAUACUUUGCUAUAUAAAAAGAAUAAUAUUUAGUAGGGCUGUCAAACGAUUUAUCGUGAUUAAUUGCAUCCAUAAUAAAGGUUUGUGUUUACAUAAUAUAUGUCUGUAUACUGUGCAUAUGAAGUUUGUAUUUAUAAACACAAAAACACACAUACAUGUAUAUAUAUUAUAUUUAGGUUUAUUUAUUUAUAUUUACCAAUUAUUGAAAUUAAAUAUAAAUGUUUGUUCAUUUUGAUAUUUUUCUUAAAUAUAUGCAUGUACAGUAUGUUUACAAAUACAAAAUUAAUAUGCACAGUACACAGACAUAUGUAAACAAAAACUUUUAUUCUGGAUGCGAUUCAUUACGAUGAAUCGUUUGACAGCCCUAAUAUUUAGUCAUGGACAUUAGCAGCGAUUCAAAUCAAAGACAUAGAAAUGACGUACUAAGGAAAGUAUCUUUCACAGUUUGUGAAUCUUUGAGCAACUUUCGUGUCAAUGGAAAAUUUACCACCAAAAGUUGAACUUGGAUGCUAGUUUUCUAAAAAGGAUUUUAUCUAGAACAUGUAUGAUGACACACAUGAAAUAUUCCUCACAUCCAGGCUAAACUGAAGCUAUGAGGAACAAAAUCACAUUGUGUCUUAAGGCACGUUCACACCAAGAGCGAUAAUUAUGAUAGCAUAUGCACCAACAGACUAUAACUUACGUUUAUUUUAAGCUCUUGCAAUGUAGUUUGACAUUUUAAAUGUGUGAGCCCUUUAAAUUUGAUCAUUGUCUGUUAGCUAAAAACAAACGUUGCUCUGUUUAGUAUAGGCUCUGAUAUUUUUUAUUUAUUACAUUUGAAUUGAUUUGUAAACGUUUUUGUUAUCGUUAUCAUCCUUGGUGUGAACAAGCUUUCAUUUAUGUUUAUGUGACUUGUGCAGUUUUGCUAAAAGACAGAAAUUGGACUAUUUUAUAUUUAUAUUAUGCUGCGAGUGACACAAUGAUUUGCAUUGUUUCAUACUAAUACGCAAGGAGAAAAAGGCUAAAUAAUGCAGGUUUGGCCAAACAUUAAUUUUCGACCCUGUUUACAAGCCUUGAAAUGGAACAAGCUGACAAACAACUAAAGAGUCUUCUGUGAUUUUGUUCAACCUGUCGAGGAGAGUUUUUGAGUUUCAUGGAGCAGUAGAAAGAUAUCGUCCGAAGAGAAAUGGUUUUGGGCAGAGGUGCAACGCGUCAGCUUAUUGUAAAUCGGUUUUAGGAGUGGUCAUCAAUUCGUCCGACUGACUAAAGAGUUUUUGUGCCUAUUUUUGCUGUGGUGAGCUGAACAGGACGAUGCGGGUGGGGUUUCUGCAUUAUCAGGGGAAGUGAUGUCAGAAAAAAAUAAUUGGUUAGGAUGGCCAAUAACACGCGGAGCCCAGAACCAAAGAACAGAACCAUAGGCUGCCUCCCUGAAGCUGCAGUGGUUCUCUGGGCCACUGGGGGGCUACAGGUCCUCUCCACCUUUAUGUUAAUAGAACUCACGCGUUUUGUGUGUAAGUGUGCGUGUGGGUAUAUGCUGGUGUGUGUUACAAUAAAUAUUUAUCACCUCUUCACAAAUAGAGGCCAAAUCAGUUGUAUCCUGUUCACCAGUAUUAAAGAUGAACUGCACCUGCAGCGAACAUGUAGUUAAUUUUAAUAUGUUUACAUUCAUGUGCAGCUGUGUGUGUUUUUGAGAGAGAAUGAGAUGUUCUCCAACCAAAUGCAGAUGUAUCCACAACCAUUGCUUGAGCUGACUAAGUGCUUCCUACUCAAGGUUCAUCCUUGUGUUUUGAUGUAAUGGUUUAAAACAUACAAGAACCACUUGCUAAAUGACACAGAAACACAUAUAUUUUCAUGUAUUUGCUUUUCGUGUACAUAUGGCACUGCUAAAUCCACACAUCACAUGACGUCUAUCUUUCUCUUUGUACAGAAGCUGAAGUGUGUUUUAGCUGUACAAAUGCUUUUUAAUUCAUACACAUAUACACUUCAUAAGCUGUUCUAUGUAACCACUAGUUGGCAGGAGAAACAAUACAGAGACAGUGGAGUUCAAAAGUUCAGUAGUCCACGUCGAAAUACUGUGAUGUCAAAUAAGAAAAAUUUAAGAAUCAGUAUUUCUAGGUCACUAGAUAUAUCGAUUAUGUUAACUAAAAGUAUUUUCACUAGUGGCCUCAAGCUUUUCGACCCCAUGCACUGUAUGUUUCUUGAAGAUAAAUAUCAGUAUGCAAUUGCACAGCAUUCAGCCGUUUUCUGCCAGUUUGUGUGGUCGAAUGUGUUCUGCAUGAGAAGUAAAUCUACAUCACAUCUAAUAAUGAAUUCAGUGGUGCUUACGUGCAUUACGUGCUUACAUGCAUUGCCAAGAGUGUUUGUGUGUAUUGUUUUUGGUAGCAGUAUUAUCAACCUCAUUGUCCAAAACACACUUUCAGCUUACGAUCAGUCACUUGCGCUGGACUAAGCGUGUCUUGGAACUAGUGGUGCAACAGUGCAUUGUUCUUGUUACUGCUUGGGUCAACUCGCACACACAUUUUAGCUUAGGAGUGCUGAUGCCUGGCGAGGGCUCUUUUUAAAUAGGUGUGGUGAGAUCGUUGAGCAUGGCGGACAGCUGCACACCCCCUUCCCACCAGCUUUGAGCUUUUCUACUGCCAACUAACACUUCCAUGUUUAGAUGCAGGUGAACUGGUUUUAAAAGAGAUUUCAGAUGAUGUCACUUAUAACUCAAGUCACUUAAGUCUUACGGAUGUAUCAGGGGUCAGACUCUCUUUCUCACGCACACACAAACACUCCUCUUCAGCCUGACGAUGAAGCAGAUGGCGAUUACGUUCAUCUAUUGUUGUUUUCUUUCUGACUUUGUUUUUUACUUUUCUCUCACACACACACACACAUACACAGACACAAAGGAAGUCAUGUUUUACUUUCAGGGAAUUAUGCAUGAAAUUUACCUUAAUUUAAUUCAUUUAUGUCCGCUGAUUUAUUUAUUUUGAAUUCUUUUGGUCAACAGAAAAAUAAAAAAUAUAUAUUUGA